UGUCGAAAUGUAUAUCAAGAUUAGAAGUGAACGUCACACAUUUAUUUACAUUUCAUUAACCUCAUCUUUCUAUCUUAUUUCUUUCUUCUUCUUCUUCUUCUUCUUCUUCUUCUCUCUCAUUUCAUCACUUCUUCUUUCUCUUUUAACAUAUAAUUUCAAUGGCUGUGGCUAUGUCUGCUUGCACUCUUGGUCUUCACUUUAGUCCUGAUAAUAAUAUUAUUAAUAAUAGUAACUCUUUGAGAGCUUUGGAAAAAUCCAUUUGCAGUUAUAAUGCCCCUAUCUUCAAGGUCACUUCUAUGAACUAUGAUACUAAUAAACCAUCUUUGAUUCUUCACAGAAAAAGAUUAUCAUCAGGAAUUACAAUAAUCCCUCGAGCAGCAACAACUGUUUCUAAUGUGGAGGAUGGAAAUCAAGGUGAGACAGACACAAUCCCAACUCCAAUAGUUAUAAUUGAUCAAGACUCUGAUCCAGAUGCAACUGUAGUCGAGAUUACAUUCGGUGAUCGCCUUGGUGCUCUUCUUGACACUAUGAAUGCAUUGAAAAACUUGGGGCUGAAUGUUGUGAAGGCAAAUGUGUAUCUUGAUUCCUCUGGCAAGCAUAACAAGUUUUCCAUCACAAAAGCUGAUAGUGGAAGAAAAGUGGAAGAUCCAGAGUUGUUAGAGGCAAUUCGUUUGACAAUUUUAAAUAACAUGAUCACAUAUCACCCGGAAUCAAGCGCUCAAUUAGCUUUGGGAGCAGCUUUUGGACUUAUGCCUCCAAAGGAGCAGGUUGAUGUGGACAUAGCAACACACUUAACAGUGUCUGAUGACGGUCCAGAUAGAAGUUUGUUGUAUGUUGAGACAGCUGAUAGGCCUGGAUUAUUGGUUGAUCUUGUAAAGAUUAUUACUGACAUUAACAUUGCUGUUGAAUCCGGUGAAUUUGACACUGAGGGGCUGUUGGCUAAGGCAAAGUUUCAUGUCAGCUACAAAGGUAAAGCCAUCAUCAAGCCUCUUCAACAGGUUGUUGUUAACAGCUUGAGAUAUUUCUUGACACGCCCUACAACUGAGGAAUCCAGUUUUUAGAUCAAUUGUCACAACCAAUUGCAAAACACAUUUUAUUUGUUUUGGGAAUAUAACAAUAAAAUUGCCAUUUUGCUAUGCAUUUUUCACCAAAUAAAAAAAUAAAAAAAUUGGCAAUGCAUAUUUGGAGGACAAAUGUAGAAAUAUAGUUAGCCCAAAGAUGGAGUACGUUAACUCAUUCAACUUGGAUACCAUUGCAGAGUCAUCCUUGUAAAUUUAUCUCUCAUAAUCUUCUUGCUUUGCUUUUCCA